CAUCCUCAUACGCAUUCAAUCACGUGGCUCUCAGAAACAGCCCCAUGGCCUAUGUGAUUAUGUGUGAUAUAUGUAAUGGUCUAGCUGUCAGAUUACGUCUGAAGCUUGGUCCUGCACAGGAAUGUGAAGUAGGCAUGUGAGGACACAAGUAUGAAGAUUCGAAAAUGCCUGAAAACUAUUAAUCUAGAACGAUGCAUCCUUUAUCUAGGGGCAGCAUCAUUUCUUGUGUGGAUUAUUUUAGGUAUCUAUUUCUUGCCUCAAAACCACGCCACUCAGGAACCUGGUCGACAUUCUGGACGACAUCAGUGGAGGAUUUUCAGGGAAGAUGACCCAAACCCACUCCUACAGAAACGCCCACCAUUGCUGUUUGAAAAAUUGUCUGAGAAAGAAAGACAGACUCCGUCUGCCCCAAAUGCUGACAAGCAGACAUCAUUUGUACUGAAAAAACAAGAUGGCAGCAAGGGAGCAUCUGUCAAAGAGAAAUUGGAGCAAAUCCACAAGAAGAAACUUAAUGAAGCAGGAUUUAAAGUUGACGACAAAGGAUCAGAGAAAUUACAGGAUCAGUCGUUAGUUAUCUCUGACAAUAAACAUAAUCCAGUGCUUAAUAAACUCCUCCGUUUACACGAAAACAAGCUCAACAAAGCUGGCUUUGACGUUCAGUUCAAUCAAGGAAAUGCUCCAAAACUGGUCAGCAUAGACUUACCGACAAUAAAUUAUAAUGUCCACUUAUUCUACUAUCCCUGGUACGGGAAUCCGGAAACAGAUGGGAAGUAUUUUCACUGGAAUCACAGGUUUCUUCCACACUGGAAUAAAGCAGAAAUGAUUAAAUGGCCACUCGGGAUUCACAAACCACCUGAUGACAUUGGUGCCAACUUCUACCCAUCCCUUGGCCCCUACAGCUCCGGUGAUCCAGAGGUGCUUGAAAAACAUAUGAUUGAGAUACGGAGCACAGGAGCAGGAGUGGUGUCUGUGUCGUGGUAUCCGUCCCGUGACGCUGACGACGAGGGGAUACCCUCCGACCGACUCAUCCCUCUCAUCCUGGACAAAGCCAACAAGUAUGAUCUGAAGGUGACUUUCCACAUAGAGCCCUACAAGAACAGGAACCAUCUGACAUUGAAAGCAGAUCUCCAGUACAUCCUCAACACCUACGGUCAGCACCCUGCCUUCUACAGAAUGAAGCACAAGGGGAGACAACUCCCAUUGUAUUACAUCUACGAUUCGUACCAUGUCCAGGCUCGGGACUGGGCCAAAGUCUUCAGUCCUGAUGGAGAAAUGACAGUGCGUGGAACUGAUCUCGAUGGUAUUUUCAUUGGCUUGAUUGUUGAGAAGCGACACAGAGAAGACAUCGUCACAGGAGGUUUCGAUGGCUAUUAUACGUACUUCGCAAGUAAUGGAUUUACGUACGGCAGCACAUGGAGAAAUUGGGGAAUCAUACAAGCCUUUGCCAGGGCGAAAGGUCUGCUGUUUUUACCCAGCGUUGGUCCGGGGUACGUCGAUACACGAGUGAGGCCAUGGAAUAGCAUCAAUACAAAGAGCAGGGAUCACGGAAAAUAUUACGAAAUGUCUUUUGAAGCUGCAGUCAAUGUUGACCCUCCUCUGAUUUCAAUAACAUCCUACAACGAAUGGCACGAAGGCACUCAGAUAGAAUCGGCCGUUCCCAAAAGAAUUGACAAUUUUAUAUAUGAUGAUUAUGCACCAGGAGGUCCAAGGUAUUAUCUGGACCUGACAAAGAAAUGGGUUGCUCAUUAUUCAAAGAGAAAGAAAACAGAUCUUUGAUAUGUUGGUACAUUUGUUUUGUUGGUGCUUUUCUAUGUGUUACUAUCUAUGAUUAUUUAUUUGAUUCUGUCAGGGAAGGUAUUAGGAGACUGUAUAUUUUGUUAAGAAUGAACUAUUUUUAUUGAAAUGUCUAUGGAUCUCGUCUGUGAUAUAUCUCAGUGUUUUUCUCUAUUUAACUAUUUACCCUUUGUGAUCAUGCCUUGGCUUGUUAUGGUUGUCUAGGGUGCCACAAUUUGCUGAGUUGUGUCCCUUUGUUGUGCCUGAAUCUGCUGAUUGUGGUUUAGAAUCCAAACUUUGCCCUUGUUAUGUUCCUUGUUUUGUCGGCACAGUACAUGUACACUACAGCAGCAUGUGGACCAUCUUCCCGAGGCAAGAGAGUUAACUGAUUUUCAAAGUCAAGUUUCCACCCUUGCCGAACUAGGCUGGAAUUCCUGGGCUCUAAGUAG